CCGGAAGUGAACGUCAUCGACAGGAAUGGGCCAAAAUAAGCAGCGCCGGAGCAGAAUGACAGCCAGCUCUUGAGGGGAAGAUGUCGUUGCGCGUUUCACCCGCGCUUCAGGGAUGAUCCGUGCCCUCAGAGGUCGUUUCGAGGCAUCGCGGAGGCUGUCGUGCUGCUAAAUGGAGUCUGAGCAGUUGUUCAACAGAGGCUACGGCAGGAACAGCUACAACAGCAUCACCAGCGCCAGCAGCGACGAAGAGCUCCUCGAUGGUGCCGGGGUCAUCAUGGACUUCCACACCACCGAAGACGACAACCUGCUCGACGGCGACGCGUCUCCAGGAUCGAACUACGCCAUGUCUAAUGGAGGCGGAGGAGGCGGGGCCAGUAGCUCCACCCACCUGCUGGACCUGCUGGAGGAGCCCAUUCCCGGCGUGGGAACCUACGACGACUUCCACACCAUCGACUGGGUCCGAGAGAAGUGCAAAGACCGAGAGCGACACCGCAAGAUAAACAGCAAAAAGAAGGAAUCAGCAUGGGAGUUCACCAAGAGUCUGUACGACGCCUGGUCCGGGUGGCUGGUGGUCACGCUAACAGGACUAGCAUCCGGAGCGCUAGCCGGUGUGAUCGACAUCGCGGCCGACUGGAUGAACGAUCUGAAGGAAGGCGUGUGUCUCAGUGCCAUGUGGUUCAAUCACGAGCAGUGCUGCUGGGACUCCAACGAGACCACCUUCGCCGAGAGAGACAAGUGUCCUCAGUGGAAGACGUGGGCCGAGCUCAUCCUGGGUCAGGCCGAGGGCCCGGGCUCCUAUAUAAUGAACUACUUCAUGUUCACGUUCUGGGCGCUGUCCUUCGCCUUCCUGGCCGUGUCUCUGGUGAAGGUGUUUGCGCCGUACGCCUGCGGCUCCGGGAUACCCGAGAUCAAAACCAUCCUGAGCGGUUUCAUCAUCCGGGGGUAUCUGGGUAAAUGGACUCUGAUGAUAAAGACGAUCACUCUGGUCCUGGCCGUGGCGUCGGGGCUCAGUUUGGGGAAGGAAGGGCCGCUGGUUCACGUGGCCUGCUGCUGCGGGAACAUCUUCUCCUACCUCUUCCCCAAAUACAGCAAAAACGAGGCCAAGAAACGAGAGGUUUUGUCGGCGGCGUCGGCCGCCGGGGUGUCUGUGGCUUUCGGGGCUCCUAUCGGAGGAGUUCUGUUCAGUCUGGAGGAGGUGAGUUAUUACUUCCCUCUGAAGACUCUGUGGCGCUCGUUCUUCGCGGCUCUGGUGGCGGCGUUCGUGCUGCGCUCCAUCAACCCGUUCGGGAACAGUCGCCUGGUGCUGUUCUACGUGGAGUACCACACGCCCUGGUACCUGUUCGAGCUCUUCCCCUUCAUCCUCUUGGGGGUGUUCGGGGGCCUGUGGGGGGCCUUCUUCAUCCGGGCCAACAUCGCCUGGUGCCGUCGGCGCAAGUCCACACGCUUCGGUAAGUACCCGGUGUUGGAGGUGAUCACGGUCGCCGCCAUCACGGCCAUCGUGGCGUUCCCGAACCCGUACACGCGGCAGAACACCAGCGAGCUGAUUAAGGAGCUGUUCACGGACUGCGGGCCGCUCGAGUCGUCUCAGCUCUGUCAGUACCGCAGCCAGAUGAACGGCAGCCAGGCGUAUCCUGAGGGAUCGGACGCCGCCGCCACCCCCGGAGUCUACUCGGCCAUGUGGCAGCUCAGCCUGGCGCUCGUCUUCAAGAUCAUCAUGACCAUCUUCACCUUCGGCCUCAAGGUGCCGUCGGGUCUGUUCAUCCCCAGCAUGGCCAUCGGGGCGAUCGCGGGGCGUAUCGUGGGCAUCGCCGUGGAGCAGCUGGCGUAUUACCAUCACGACUGGUUCCUGUUCAGAGAGUGGUGCGAGGUCGGCGCCGACUGCAUCACGCCGGGACUCUACGCCAUGGUGGGAGCCGCCGCCUGUCUGGGCGGCGUCACUCGCAUGACCGUGUCUCUGGUGGUCAUCGUGUUCGAGCUGACCGGCGGCCUGGAGUACAUCGUUCCUCUCAUGGCGGCCGUGAUGACCAGCAAAUGGGUCGGCGACGCUUUCGGGAGGGAGGGCAUCUACGAAGCCCACAUCCGCCUGAACGGGUACCCCUUCCUGGACGCCAAAGAGGAGUUCACCCACACCACGCUGGCGAGGGAAGUGAUGCGCCCGCGCCGCAGCGACCCGCCGCUGGCCGUGCUGACGCAGGACGACAUGACGCUCGCCGAGCUCCAGACCGUCAUCUCCGAAACCAGCUACAACGGCUUCCCCGUCAUCGUCUCCAAAGAGUCGCAGAGGCUGGUGGGGUUCGCUCUGCGCCGGGACAUAACCAUCGCUAUAGAAAACGCCCGGCGUAAGCAGGAGGGGAUAGUGCUGAACUCGCGGGUGUAUUUUACCCAGCAUGCCCCCACCCUCCCGGCUGACAGCCCCAGGCCACUGAAGCUGCGCAGCAUCCUGGACAUGAGCCCCUUCACCGUCACUGACCACACGCCCAUGGAGAUCGUGGUGGACAUUUUCAGAAAGCUCGGCCUGCGCCAGUGCCUCGUGACGCACAACGGGAUUGUAUUGGGCAUCAUCACAAAGAAGAAUAUUUUAGAACAUCUGGAAGAGCUCAAGCAGCACGUGGAGCCCUUGGCGCCUCCUUGGUAUUAUUACAAAAAAAGAUAUCCUCCGUCAUAUGGCCCAGAUGGCAAACCAAGACCCCGAGUCCAUAAUGUUCAACUAGCGUCCUCCUCUUCCCGCUACGAGGAAGAUGAGAGCGAAGAGGAGGUCCGUUUACUGGACAACUCAUCCCUCUGACCACACGCCCCUACGGUACCCUGAACCAAGUACAAAACAAAAACACUACACCGGACGGGACCCCACCCCGGUCGCGUCCUCCGGAUACUUGCACAAGACCCCGAAACGAGUCUUUCGAGGCAGAGCCUGGCUGCUUGAAAAACUACGAGAGUUUUAAUAGAAGCUCGAGUCCAAGUGGAGGAACUUUCUCCAAACGCUAACACGCUAAACUAACUCUCACACGCGCAUGCAAAAAAAAAACACCCAAGACCCCUCACGGGACCCCGCUUGUUUGACCUCUUAGCCUCCUGCCUGAGAAAAUGCCUCGUACAGAGGCGAAAGGUCGAGAUGAACCGCUGGAAACGAAGCGAGGAGGGACCUUCAGGCGCCGACCCCCACUGCCCCGCCACAUCCUGAAGUGGACUCUAACGUUGUUUACUUGUAGUAGUGUGCGAGAAAGACGGUGAACGAGAUGGCGUUUGAGCGCGCCCCAAAGCCGAAGAAACGCUAAAAAGUGCGCCGUACGCAAUGGAUGUUGACUUUCGAAGAUCGAGCAUCCCGCAUCGCAAAAACAUCAAGCGUCGGAGCUCGGGAUUUCCGCGCUACCUGGUGAAGGACGUUGGGAGGAGAGUCGUCUCGAUCGAUCGUCUUGGAUCUCGACGCUACGACGGCCAGUUUGAACCGAUCGCAGGUAACGAGCCAAACGAGUCCGUCCGGCAGGUCUCGGAGUGCCCACACUUUACGAUGUUUCGUGCUUUUCGUUACUGGGAAUGAAAAACCGAGUCGCUUUUCUUUCACAGCUGCUAUCUCGGCUAUUAUAUUUAAAUGUACUAAGCAACUCCUAAUAGUUUGAAAAUCAAAAAAAACGUGACAUGUCCAACUUUUUUUUUAACUUUCGCAAACAAGCAUUAAUGUUCGAACCGGUGGAUGUUGGUUUAAAUUCGCCAUUCGCUCUUGUAUGCUCGCAUUUCGUCCCGCGUGAUGUAACCGUUCACCCUCCGCUCGAAUGCCACGAAAUCGUACCGCAAACGUCUCCGAUCGUUUAUCCGCGUCCGACGGCUGCCUGAAAACGAGCUCGAAAGGAUAACUCAUAUUUCGUUCCAAUAAAGUGUAUUUCGUGUCAUGAAAACGAAGCCCGUUUUGAGACCACCGUUAUUGCAUUUUGAAUUUCGCGUGAUGCGUAUUUUACCCCCCCGAUUAUAUUAUUUCGAGAAAUUUUCAGUGAACAAAUAUGCCAAAAAAAAAACGUCAAAAUGCAUAUAACAAUCUUGGUCCAAAAACCGAGCUUCAUUAUGCCAAAUGUUUUUUCCCUUUUAAUAUCAUUAGGCCCAGACAUGUUUUUUGUGACACGUGUAAACUAAACUAUUGGUUGCGAUUCAGUAGUGGCACUGAAAAAGCGAUGAUAAAAUGUGACUGUUAGAGACGGCAAGAAUGGAAACUCUAGUUCAUUUGUGGAUUGCCCCUUCUCUCUCUCUCUUUAUUUUUUUUCUCGUCUGGGAAGUAUAUAGCACAGUUUUGCGUAAAUUUGACACGUGGUAACCAUCGCUGUAUCCCAUUCCGUAUGUUAAACUGCCCUUGCUAACCUACCAGCCGCGCUGCAUCGGUUUUUUUCUUAAAUUUCGUUUCGAACUACAUACUCGCAUGGUCAUUUCUUUUCCAAAAAACGAGACCGAAAUGUUGUCUUUUAACUGAUUGGUGAAAUUCUGUCCUUUCGCUUUGUUUCCAUGUGACUGGCAUUAGCCCCUCCCCUCCCCCGCUGAUUGAUUGACAGUAAAUGAGCCGUGUGGGCGGGGCUUCUGUGUUCUCAUUAGCGGUUGAUGUUCCUCUGUUAAUCAGUGAAGAAAACGAUGUUGUUAUAUAUUGAUCUCAUUAUUAUUAUUAUUUUUUUUUUUUAUUUAUACUAGUGCUAGAGUUGUACAAUAUGGAGAAUUUUAUGUAUGAUUGAUGGUUUGAUUGUACAUUAAAAAAAAAUAUGUAAAGAUUAAAUUGUUUUAAAUGAAGUGAAGA